GUCCAAUUAUUGACAAUGAUGGCAAUACAGUUGCGUAUACGUGUUGUCCAUACUCCGAAAAGGGCAACAUGUUGUGAAUCUUGGUGUUGUGACGAAGGAUUCCAAUGUGGACCUCCCCAAAAUCAGACGUGCAUCCCUGUCAAAGAAGGAGCCGCAGCAAUAUCUGCUGCAGCGCCCCAGAAAGAAACACCACCACAUUACAGUGCUACACUGUACACAUGCCCUCCUGGAUUAAACAAUACUUGUACUGACGAUCAGACCUGUUGUGUGACACCCGAAAAGCAUUUCAGUUGUGCUCCUUUUGCUAAUGCCACAUGCUGUCUUGAUGGUGUCCAUUCUUGCCCUCAGGGAUACAAAUGUGAUAAAGAUACUAACGUUUGUAGUCCUGACAAUUCAACGGUGCAUGGCCUGGAAAGUAAAAACGAUGGGAAUUUAAUUGACUGUGACUCAAUGAUGCAAUGCUCUGACAACCAAACAUGCUGCAGUUUGACUGAUGGCACUUUUGGCUGUUGUCCGUUUAAAAAUGCCACUUGUUGUUCGGAUCACAUUCAUUGCUGCCCAGGAAAUUUAGAAUGUGAUCACAAAUCACACACCUGUAAAAGUCCUAAAAGUGACAGCAGCAACAUUUCCUUUGAAAAAAUUUCCACAGUAAGCCCUGCUGACGUGGAGUGUAAAGACGGAUCUAAAUGUCCAGAUGGUAUGACUUGUUGCUCGAUAGGCAAAGAACAGUUUGGAUGCUGUCCUUUUCAAGAGGCCACCUGCUGCAGUGACAUGGUGCAUUGUUGCCCUAAAAGUACUGUUUGUAACACGGAAAGAGGAACAUGUGAUCCCUCUGGAGUAGAACAAAUUAUCAGCAAAACUGAGAAGCUGCAGGCUUCAACAGACCGGCUUGAUAUUGCAAACAUAGUGUGUGACGGAGAGAUGGAAUGCAGUAAUAACCAAACUUGCUGCAGGCUAACUGAUGGCUCGUUCGGCUGCUGUCCGUUUCCAAUAGCUGUUUGUUGCUCCGAUCAUGUGCACUGCUGUCCUCACGAAAUGUGGUGUGAUCACAAGACUAAAAGAUGCAAAAACCCUGGGAACUCUAUUCCAAUGGGAAAGAAACUACCAGCAUAUCCAAAGACUUCUCAGCCAGCCAGUUCAGUGCCUCUUGGAUUGAAAGUACCAGCCACGAAACCAAGUUCAUUUAUCGACACAAUCCUGAAACCAAGUUCAUUUAUCGACACAAUCCUGAAACCAAAGUCUAUACCGCUUGGUGUAAAGUUCCCUGCUACUAAGAAAGCUGCUGGUGCAACGAACUCCAUACCCUUAGCAGUGAAGAUUCCUGCCAAGAUGACUUCUUUAGUAAAAGUUAGCGAUUUAAGUGAAGUUUUGAAACCUGCCAAAACAUCACACAUACCAUCAAGAAGUGUUAAAUGUGAUGAUGGUUCAUCGUGUCCUACUGGUACAACGUGUUGUAAGCUAUCUUCUGGAGACUGGGGUUGUUGUCCUUAUCCUAAAGCUGUGUGUUGUGACGAUGGAGAGCACUGCUGUCCUCAAGGUUACACAUGUGACGUGAGUGGAGGAACAUGUGACAGAGGUAACACACAAUCUGAACUAACUGAACUAACUGAACCAACAAUUAGGUGUGAUGAUGGUUCCAUUUGUCCUAGUGGUAGCACAUGCUGUAAAGCAUCUGGAGGUUGGGCUUGUUGUCCUCUACAUGCUGUCUGCUGUACUGAUAUGGUUCACUGCUGUCCUAAUGGAUACAUUUGUGAUUUGACUAUUGGAAGUUGUAACAAAGCCAGAGGAAUUGAGAAUCUACUAACUGAGAUGUCAGUUGGAAGUGUUAGUUGUGAUGAUGGUUCAUCGUGUCCUACUGGUACAACGUGUUGUAAGCUAUCUUCUGGAGACUGGGGUUGUUGUCCUUAUCCUAAAGCUGUGUGUUGUGACGAUGGAGAGCACUGCUGUCCUCAAGGUUACACAUGUGACGUAAGUGCAGGAACAUGUGACAGAGGUAACACACAAUCUGAACUAACUGAGUUGUCAGUUGGAAGUGUUAGUUGUGAUGAUGGUUCAUCGUGUCCUACUGGUACAACGUGUUGUAAGCUAUCUUCUGGAGACUGGGGUUGUUGUCCUUAUCCUAAAGCUGUGUGUUGUGACGAUGGAGAGCACUGCUGUCCUCAAGGUUACACAUGUGACGUGAGUGCAGGAACAUGUGACAGAGGUAACACACAAUCUGAACUAACUGAGUUGUCAGUUGGAAGUGUUAGUUGUGAUGAUGGUUACACAUGUGACGUGAGUGCAGGAACAUGUGACAGAGGUAACACACAAUCUGAACUAACUGAGUUGUCAGUUGGAAGUGUUAGUUGUGAUGAUGGUUCAUCGUGUCCUACUGGUACAACGUGUUGUAAGCUAUCUUCUGGAGACUGGGGUUGUUGUCCUUAUCCUAAAGCUGUGUGUUGUGACGAUGGAGAGCACUGCUGUCCUCAAGGUUACACAUGUGACGUGAGUGCAGGAACAUGUGACAGAGGUAACACACAAUCUGAACUAAUUAAGUUGUCAGUUGGAAGUGUUAGUUGUGAUGAUGGUUCAUCGUGUCCUACUGGUACAACGGGUUGUAAGCUAUCUUCUGGAGACUGGGGUUGUUGUCCUUAUCCUGAAGCUGUGUGUUGUGACGAUGGAGAGCACUGCUGUCCUCAAGGCUACACAUGUGAUGUAAGUGCAGGAACAUGUGACAGAGGUAACACACAAUCUGAACUAAUUAAGUUGUCAGUUGGAAGUGUUAGUUGUGAUGAUGGUUCAUAUUGUCCUACUGGUACAACGUGUUGUAAGCUUUCUUCUGGAGACUGGGGUUGUUGUCCUUAUCCUGAAGCUGUGUGUUGUGACGAUGGAGAGCACUGCUGUCCUCAAGGUUACACAUGUGAUGUGAGUGCAGGAACAUGUGACAGAGGUAACACACAAUCUGAACUAACUGAGUUGUCAGUUGGAAGUGUUAGUUGUGAUGAUGGUUCAUCGUGUCCUACUGGUACAACGUGUUGUAAGCUAUCUUCUGGAGACUGGGGUUGUUGUCCUUAUCCUAAAGCUGUGUGUUGUGACGAUGGAGAGCACUGCUGUCCUCAAGGUUACACAUGUGACGUGAGUGCAGGAACAUGUGACAGAGGUAACACACAAUCUGAACUAACUGAGUUGUCAGUUGGAAGUGUUAGUUGUGAUGAUGGUUCAUCGUGUCCUACUGGUACAACGUGUUGUAAGCUAUCUUCUGGAGACUGGGGUUGUUGUCCUUAUCCUAAAGCUGUGUGUUGUGACGAUGGAGAGCACUGCUGUCCUCAAGGUUACACAUGUGACGUGAGUGCAGGAACAUGUGACAGAGGUAACACACAAUCUGAACUAACUGAGUUGUCAGUUGGAAGUGUUAGUUGUGAUGAUGGUUCAUCGUGUCCUACUGGUACAACGUGUUGUAAGCUAUCUUCUGGAGACUGGGGUUGUUGUCCUUAUCCUAAAGCUGUGUGUUGUGACGAUGGAGAGCACUGCUGUCCUCAAGGUUACACAUGUGACGUGAGUGCAGGAACAUGUGACAGAGGUAACACACAAUCUGAACUAACUGAGUUGUCAGUUGGAAGUGUUAGUUGUGAUGAUGGUUCAUCGUGUCCUACUGGUACAACGUGUUGUAAGCUAGAUUCUGGAGACUGGGGUUGUUGUCCUUAUCCUAAAGCUGUGUGUUGUGACGAUGGAGAGCACUGCUGUCCUCAAGGCUACACAUGUGAUGUAAGUGCAGGAACAUGUGACAGAGGUAACACACAAUCUGAACUAACUGAGUUGUCAGUUGGAAUUGUUAGUUGUGAUGAUGGUUCAUAUUGUCCUACUGGUACAACGUGUUGUAAGCUAUCUUCUGGAGACUGGGGUUGUUGUCCUUAUCCUAAAGCUGUGUGUUGUGACGAUGGAAAGCACUGCUGUCCUCAAGGCUACACAUGCGACUUGAGUGCAGGAACAUGUGACAGAGGUAACACACAAUCUGAACUAACUGAGUUGUCAGUUGGAAGUGUUAAAUGUGAUGAUGGUUCAUCGUGUCCUACUGGUACAACGUGUUGUAAGCUAUCUUCUGGAGACUGGGGUUGUUGUCCUUAUCCUAAAGCUGUGUGUUGUGACGAUGGAGAGCACUGCUGUCCUCAAGGUUACACAUGUGACGUGAGUGCAGGAACAUGUGACAGAGGUAACACACAAUCUGAACUAACUGAGUUGUCAGUUGGAAGUGUUAGUUGUGAUGAUGGUUCAUAUUGUCCUACUGGUACAACGUGUUGUAAGCUAUCUUCUGGAGACUGGGGUUGUUGUCCUUAUCCUAAAGCUGUGUGUUGUGACGAUGGAGAGCACUGCUGUCCUCAAGGUUACACAUGUGACGUGAGUGCAGGAACAUGUGACAGAGGUAACACACAAUCUGAACUAACUGAGUUGUCAGUUGGAAGUGUUAGUUGUGAUGAUGGUUCAUCGUGUCCUACUGGUACAACGUGUUGUAAGCUAUCUUCUGGAGACUGGGGUUGUUGUCCUUAUCCUAAAGCUGUGUGUUGUGACGAUGGAGAGCACUGCUGUCCUCAAGGUUACACAUGUGACGUGAGUGCAGGAACAUGUGACAGAGCCAGUACAAACACAGAGCUCACAUCCGGGUGGGAUGAAGAUUGCGGCGACGGUACAGCUUGUCCAGGUGGUACAUCAUGCUGCAAGAUGACGGCCGGUUAUUACGGUUGCUGUCCUUACCCUAACGCUGUUUGUUGUCAAGAUCAAAAACAUUGCUGUCCUAAUGGUCAUACAUGUGACUCCAGCUCUAAAAAGUGCUAUCACCACCAAUCAGAGGCCAAUAACACCCUACAAGCCGGCCAGGUGAUGGGUGAUAACACCCUCCAAGCCGGCCAGGUGAUGGGUGAUAACACCCUACAAGCCGGCCAGGUGAUGGGUGAGAUUAGCCCUGCUCAACACAUUCCUUCAUCACGUGGUAUGAGUAAUAAAAGCAUUCCUGAGGAGGGUUCUGGGGAUGAUGGAAAGGGGUUCUGUAAGGACGGCAAGUGGUGUGGCGUUGAGAAAUGUUGUUAUGAUUCAGAUGGUAAAACUGUUGGCUGCUGCAAGUUCGCUAAAGGUGUGUGCUGUUCUAAUGGUAAAAACUGUUGUAAGGCGACUGAAAUAUGUACACAGCAAGGAAGCUGCAUUCCUUCCAACUCUUCUGGUAUCGGGGAGGACGAGGAAAGUGCUGAUUGCACCUCUUGUGCUGAAGGAGACACAUGCUGUAGUGGACAGUGCUGUCCUCAAUCUAACGGUGUGUGUUGUAAUGACGGUGUCUCCUGCUGUCCUCAUCAGUUCGAGUGUGAUCUGUCACGUGGGCGUUGUAUCCAGAGAACCACUGGCCGGUUCCAGCCAAUCAGCAAGCUAAGAAAACGGGAGAACGCACUUAGCUGUAAGACUCUGAAAGAUUGUGGCAACGGCAGUUUCUGUCCUAAAGAUUUGGAAUGUUUGAACCUGUUCAAACUUUGCUACAGUACUCAACGAGAGGUUCACCAAAAUAUGAUUGCGACUGCGAAUGAUUCUUGUGGAGUGAUACGAAGAGUUUGGAUGCUUUUUCAAUUAUCAGUCAGAGACACGAUCUUCGUACUUGGCUGGUUUAAUCUUUAAGUCCAACUUCAUUUUUCGGAGAAAGUUUUAUUAGUUUCAGAAUAAUAACAAAUUCAACAUAUUUGAAUGUCUUGAAUCAGAUUAAAACACAAUUGUUGUUUUCAUUUAAUGUAAUGUUUUUGCGAUAAUAAUUUAUUCUUGACGAUUGAAAAGUCCAAAACUUUGAUCAAUUUUUACGUUUUCUAAUGUUUUAUUAUCAUUUUUAAUUGUUAAGUAUUGCAGUGGCGAAUGGUUUAAAUGGAUUUAAUUAUUUA